AUGGUGGGGGCUGAGAAGGGCUCCCUCAAAAAAGCCAAGUUUGACGGUGCCCAAGAGAAAUUCAACACCUACGUGACCCUGAAGGUGCAGAAUGUCAAGAGCACGACCAUCGCCGUGCGCGGCAGCCAGCCCAGCUGGGAACAGGACUUCAUGUUCGAGAUCAACCGCCUGGACCUGGGGCUAACUGUGGAGGUGUGGAACAAGGGUCUCAUCUGGGACACCAUGGUGGGCACCGUGUGGAUCCCACUGCGGACCAUCCGCCAGUCCAAUGAGGAGGGCCCCGGAGAGUGGCUGACAUUGGACUCCCAGGUCAUCAUGGCUGACAGCGAGAUCUGUGGCACCAAAGACCCCACCUUCCACCGCAUCCUGCUGGACACACGCUUUGAGCUGCCCCUGGACAUUCCCGAGGAGGAGGCACGCUACUGGGCCAAGAAACUGGAGCAGCUGAAUGCCAUGCGUGACCAGGACGAGUACUCGUUCCCAGAUGAGCAGGAGAAGCCGCUGCCGGUGCCCAGUAGCCAGUGCUGCAACUGGAAUUACUUCGGCUGGGGCGAACAGAAUGAUGACCCCGACAGUGCAGUGGACGACCGGGACAGUGAUUAUCGCAGCGAGACAAGCAACAGCAUCCCGCCGCCCUACUACACCACCUCACAGCCCAACGCCUCUGUACACCAGUACUCUGUCCGCCCACCGCCCCUGGGCUCUCGUGAGUCCUACAGUGACUCCAUGCAGAGCUACGAGGAGUUCUCCGAGCCGCGGGCACUCAGCCCCACAGGCAGCAGCCGCUAUGCGUCAUCGGGUGAGCUGAGCCGUGGCAGCUCCCAGCUGAGCGAGGAUUUUGACCCAGAUGAGCAGAGCCUGCAGGGCUCAGAGCUGGAGGACGAGCGCGACCGCGACUCAUACCACUCAUGCCACAGCUCCGUGAGCUACCAGCAGGACUCGCCGCGCUGGGACCAGGAUGCCGAGGAGCUGGACGAGGACCUGGAGGAGGACCUGGAGGAGGAUCUGGAGGAGGAUCUGGAGGAGGAGGAGCUGGAGGAGGAGGAGCUAGAGGACGAGGAGCUGGAGGAGGAGGAGCCUGUGCCAGAUGACCUGGCCAGUUAUACCCCGUGCGAGGAGCCAGCAGUGGCCGAACCCAAGGACUUCAAACGCGUGAGCCUCCCUCCGGCGGUCACAGAGAAGGAGGACACGGGCCCGGCCCUGCCCAGCGAGGGCUCUGACCUGGCCAAGGUGGCCCCCAAGCCGGCCACACCCGAGGAGACACCUGAGCCCGAGCCCCCCAAGGCAGAGGAAAGUUUCAGGCCCCGAGAGGAUGAACAAGGUCAGGAAGGCCAGGACUCCAUGUCCAGAGCAAAGGCCAACUGGCUGCGCGCCUUCAACAAGGUGCGGAUGCAGCUGCAGGAGGCCCGGGGAGAAGGAGAGAUGUCCAAGUCCCUGUGGUUCAAGGGCGGCCCCGGGGGUGGCCUUAUCAUCAUCGACAGCAUGCCGGACAUCCGCAAGAGGAAGCCCAUCCCCCUCGUGAGCGACCUGGCCAUGUCCCUGGUCCAGUCCAGAAAGGCAGGCAUCACCUCAGCCCUGGCCUCCAGCACACUGAACAACGAGGAGCUGAAAAACCACGUUUACAAGAAGACCCUGCAAGCCUUAAUCUACCCCAUCUCAUGCACCACGCCACACAACUUCGAGGUGUGGACGGCCACCACGCCCACCUACUGCUACGAGUGCGAGGGGCUGCUGUGGGGCAUAGCACGCCAGGGUAUGCGCUGCACCGAGUGUGGCGUCAAGUGCCACGAGAAGUGCCAGGACCUGCUCAACGCUGACUGCCUGCAGCGGGCCGCGGAGAAAAGCUCCAAGCACGGCGCAGAGGACCGCACACAGAACAUCAUCAUGGUGCUCAAGGACCGCAUGAAGAUCCGGGAGCGUAACAAGCCCGAGAUUUUCGAGCUCAUCCAGGAGAUCUUCGCGGUGACCAAGACGGCGCACACACAGCAGAUGAAGGCCGUGAAGCAGAGUGUGCUGGACGGCACGUCCAAGUGGUCAGCCAAGAUCAGCAUCACGGUGGUCUGCGCCCAGGGCCUGCAGGCAAAGGACAAGACGGGGUCCAGCGACCCUUACGUCACUGUUCAGGUUGGGAAGACGAAAAAACGGACGAAAACCAUCUAUGGAAACCUCAACCCCGUGUGGGAGGAGAAUUUCCACUUUGAAUGUCACAACUCCUCCGACCGCAUCAAGGUGCGCGUGUGGGACGAAGAUGAUGACAUCAAGUCCCGCGUGAAGCAGAGGUUCAAGAGGGAGUCAGACGACUUCCUGGGGCAGACGAUCAUCGAGGUGCGGACGCUCAGCGGCGAGAUGGACGUGUGGUACAACCUGGACAAGAGGACUGACAAAUCAGCCGUGUCAGGUGCCAUCCGGCUGCAUAUCAGCGUGGAGAUCAAGGGCGAGGAGAAGGUGGCCCCCUACCAUGUCCAGUACACCUGCCUGCAUGAGAACCUCUUCCACUUCGUGACAGAUGUGCAGAACAAUGGUGUCGUGAAGAUCCCAGACGCCAAGGGGGAUGAUGCCUGGAAGGUUUACUAUGAUGAGACAGCGCAGGAAAUCGUGGACGAGUUCGCCAUGCGCUAUGGCGUGGAGUCCAUCUACCAAGCCAUGACCCACUUCGCCUGCCUAUCCUCCAAGUAUAUGUGCCCCGGGGUGCCUGCCGUCAUGAGCACCCUGCUCGCCAACAUCAACGCCUACUACGCACACACCACCGCCUCCACCAACGUGUCUGCCUCUGACCGCUUUGCCGCCUCCAACUUCGGGAAAGAGCGCUUCGUGAAGCUCCUGGACCAGCUGCACAACUCCCUGCGGAUUGACCUCUCCAUGUACCGGAACAACUUUCCAGCCAGCAGCCCAGAGAGACUCCAGGACCUCAAAUCCACUGUGGACCUUCUCACCAGCAUCACGUUCUUCAGGAUGAAGGUCCAAGAGCUCCAGAGCCCACCCCGAGCCAGCCAGGUGGUAAAGGACUGUGUGAAAGCCUGCCUCAACUCCACCUACGAGUACAUCUUCAACAACUGCCAUGAGCUGUACAGCCGAGAGUAUCAGACAGACCCGGCCAAGAAGGGGGAGGUCCCGCCGGAGGAGCAGGGCCCCAGCAUCAAGAACCUUGACUUCUGGUCCAAGCUCAUCACCCUCAUAGUAUCCAUUAUUGAAGAGGACAAGAAUUCCUACACACCCUGCCUCAACCAGUUUCCCCAAGAGCUCAAUGUGGGAAAGAUCAGUGCCGAAGUGAUGUGGAAUCUGUUUGCCCAAGACAUGAAGUAUGCCAUGGAGGAGCACGACAAGCACCGUCUGUGCAAGAGCGCUGACUACAUGAACCUGCACUUCAAGGUCAAGUGGCUCUACAACGAGUAUGUGGCAGAGCUGCCUGCCUUUAAGGACCGCGUGCCUGAGUACCCCACGUGGUUCGAACCCUUCGUCAUCCAGUGGCUGGAUGAGAAUGAGGAGGUGUCCCGGGACUUCCUGCACGGCGCCCUAGAACGUGACAAGAAGGACGGGUUCCAGCAGACCUCAGAGCAUGCGCUAUUCUCCUGCUCAGUGGUGGAUGUCUUCUCCCAGCUCAACCAGAGCUUUGAGAUCAUCAAGAAGCUCGAGUGCCCCGACCCACAGAUCGUGGGGCACUACAUGAGGCGCUUUGCCAAGACCAUCAGCAAUGUGCUCCUCCAGUAUGCAGACAUCAUCUCGAAGGACUUUGCCUCCUACUGCUCCAAGGAGAAGGAGAAAGUGCCCUGCAUCCUCAUGAACAACACCCAGCAGCUCCGGGUGCAGCUGGAGAAGAUGUUCGAAGCCAUGGGUGGGAAGGAGCUCGAUGCCGAGGCUAGCGACAUCCUGAAGGAGCUUCAAGUAAAACUCAACAACGUACUUGACGAGCUCAGCCGGGUGUUUGCGACCAGCUUCCAACCACACAUCGAAGAAUGUGUCAAGCAGAUGGGCGACAUCCUCAGCCAGGUGAAGGGCACGGGCAAUGUGCCUGCCAGUGCCUGCAGCAGUGUGGCCCAGGAUGCCGACAACGUGCUCCAGCCCAUCAUGGAUCUGCUGGACAGCAACCUGACCCUGUUUGCCAAAAUCUGCGAGAAGACAGUGCUGAAGCGGGUGCUGAAGGAGCUGUGGAAGCUGGUCAUGAACACCAUGGAGAAGACCAUCGUACUCCCACCGCUCACUGACCAGACGGGCACCCUCUUGAGAAAGCAUGGCAAGGGAUUAGAAAAGGGCAGGGUGAAACUGCCAAGCCACUCAGACGGAACCCAGAUGAUCUUUAAUGCAGCCAAGGAGCUGGGCCAGCUCUCCAAACUCAAGGACCACAUGGUACGAGAGGAGGCCAAGAGUCUGACCCCGAAGCAGUGUGCAGUGGUUGAACUGGCCCUGGACACCAUCAAGCAAUACUUCCACGCGGGGGGCGUGGGCCUCAAGAAGACCUUCCUGGAGAAGAGCCCGGACCUGCAGUCUCUGCGCUAUGCCCUGUCGCUCUACACGCAGGCCACCGACCUGCUCAUCAAGACCUUCGUGCAGACGCAGUCGGCGCAGGUCCACGGUGGCAAGGGAACUAGGUUUACCCUUAGCGAAGACACUUAUCCUGAGAAGGGCUCGGGUGUAGAAGACCCUGUAGGCGAAGUUUCUGUCCAUGUUGAGCUCUUCACUCACCCCGGAACUGGGGAACAAAAGGUCACGGUGAAAGUGGUGGCUGCCAAUGACCUCAAAUGGCAGACUUCUGGCAUCUUCAGACCAUUCAUCGAGGUCAACAUCAUUGGGCCCCAGCUCAGCGAUAAGAAACGCAAGUUCGCCACCAAGUCCAAGAAUAACAGCUGGGCGCCAAAGUACAACGAGAGCUUCCAGUUCACGCUGAGCGCUGAUGUGGGUCCUGAGUGCUACGAGCUGCAGGUGUGUGUCAAGGACUACUGCUUCGCGCGCGAGGACCGCACGGUGGGGCUGGCCGUGCUGCAACUGCGAGAGCUAGCCCAGCGCGGGAGUGCUGCCUGCUGGCUGCCGCUCGGCCGCCGAAUCCACAUGGAUGACACGGGUCUCACGGUGCUGCGCAUCCUCUCGCAGCGCAGCAACGACGAGGUGGCCAAGGAAUUCGUCAAGCUCAAGUCGGACACGCGCUCUGCUGAGGAGGGCGGCGCCACGCCUGCGCAGUAGCUUGGGGGCGCCGAGCGGAUGUACCGCUCCUGCGCAGGGUGGACUUACCGGGAGGGGACUGCGCCUGCGCCCUGGGCGAGUCCCCCCCCCACCAGAGAAAUGCGCGAAGGAAGCCCCGCCCCCUGGGGAGCCCAUCCGGGACAUUGAAGGAAGAAGCCACAUGCCCCUCCCUGAAGCCACGCCCCCACCACCCAGGGGCCUUUCAUCCGGCUAGGGCUGGUCGCGUCCCAUCCCCUGGAAAAGCCAUAGACGGUCCCAGCCCGCCAGAGACCGAGGCCCAUCGCCAAGCACGGAGCUCAGCCCCGCGCGGGCGGCGGGGCGAGCAGGGCUUCCGGCAGAGGCGGCGGGGCUGAUGUUUUGUGCAAAACAUAGGGGCAGGGAGAGGAAUUCAAAAGCACACGCGCCCUUGGGUGCCCCGACCCUGGGCUGGGUGGCCCUAGGGCGCCCCAUCUCUUGUGGGGUUCGCCCCAUCCCUUGUGGGGUUUGCCUCCCCGAGACCCCGGUCCAGCCCAUGUGCCGGAUGCCAAUCCUGAGGCCCAUUUUCCCAGUGCCAUGGCCCCUGCGGCCCCAGGCCCGAGCUCCCAGUCGGCUCCCCGUUGCUGCUAACCCCAAAGCCCCAAGUUUUCCCGGGCUGGGCCGGGGCAUCCGCAAUCCUCUGGCUGCUGAGCCAGAUGCCCACCCUCGGCCUUUCUCCCUGACCUCCCAACAAGAAAGUGAGGGUUGGGGUUCCCAUGGCCCCAUCUCUUCUUCCUUUCCUAGAAUUCUUCAGGCAGGAAGGAGCCGAAAGAGACCAGAAAUGAUGUGUGUGCUCAGUGUGCACCUUGCCGGAUGAGGGCGAGAUUGUGCUCAGAACUUCCCCUGCCACCCCACAUGGGCACUGGGCUCUGGUUCGUGGGGGGAGAGGGGAUCGCUUCCUCCGGCGCACCCAGGGUCCCUGCAGGAAAGCUCAGUGCAGCCUCUGUGCCCACCUCUGCUGCUCCACCCGGACCCCAAGCGAGCUGGCUGAGAAAGAAUAAAAUGGGGCAGAUGGCACUGGACCCCUGGGGCCGGAUUCUGCAGGGCCUUCCCAGGGCCAGCAGGCGAGGGGGUGACUGGAGAGGCUGAUUCAGGGGAGGUGCGGUCCUGAGGCCCUCCAGGAUUCCGGCUUUGCAUGCUCUGAGGUGGUUUUUGUUUGUUUGAGUUUUUUUGGUUGGUUUUGUUGUUGGUUUUUGUUUUUUUUUUCGUUCUAAGAUGAUCAGGGAGCUCCACUUUUUAAAGCUGAGAGAGCCUAGAUUCCGGGAUCCAAAAGCUGUCUGUGGAGAACAGAUCGAUGAGAGGGACAGUGUGCCGGGGGCACUGAAAUUGGUUCGGUGACGCUUUCAGAGGUCACUGGCAAGAAAAGAAAA